AUGUUUAAUCAAGGAUGGCGAGGAGGUGGGGGUGGUGGGAGGAGCUACAGUAACUUGGGGGCGGGCAAAUCCUACCACGCUGUCCCCAACGCCAAACCAGCGCCUGCCAAUUCUUACUCUCACACACAGUACAUGGAGGCUAUGCUGAAACGCCAUCGCACAGAAGCUGAGUAUUUUGAAGCUGACAGUGAUGAGGAGGACGCCCAAACAAAGAAACAUGAGGAGAGCGACAGUGAAGAAGACCCAUUAGAUGCUUUCAUGGCCGGCAUCAAUGAGGAUUUGGCGAAGGAGAAAACAGCUCCCAAGAAGCACAGCAGUGAAGACAAGAAGAAAGCCGUUAGGCAAGACAUUGAGGAACUGGAUGAUCAGGAAUCUUUCUUCAAGUACAUGGAGGAGAAUCCUAAUGCCGGCGUGCCGAUGUACGAUGCGGACGACAUCCUCGAAUACGAUGACGACGGCAAUCCCAUCAUUCCUGAAAGGUCAAAGUUCAUCGACCCACUCCCACCAGUCGAUCACACGGAGAUCAAGUACGAACCGUUUGCGAAAAACUUCUACGAAGAACACAAGGACAUUGCAGCACUGAAGUACUCAGAAAUACUGGAUUUGCGGAAGAAAUUUGGAAUCAGAGUGUCCGGUUUUGACCCACCCAAGCCCGUAAGUAGCUUCGGUCAUUUUGGCUUCGACCAACAACUCAUGCAUUACAUCCGCAAGUCGGAGUAUUCCCAGCCCACCCCUAUCCAGGCCCAGGGAGUACCCAUCGCACUGAGCGGCCGUGACAUCAUCGGAAUCGCUAAGACAGGAAGCGGAAAGACUGCGGCGUUCGUUUGGCCUAUGCUGGUACACGUAAUGGAUCAGAGAGCUGUGAAGACCACCGAAGGGCCCAUCGGCUUGAUCUGUGCCCCAACACGGGAGCUGGCUCAGCAGAUUUACGUGGAAGUGAAGCGUUUUGGGAAGGCCUACGACAUCAAGGCAGUGUGCGCCUACGGAGGCGGGAACAUGUGGGAGCAGCAGAGGGCGUGUCAGGAGGGGACAGAGGUCAUCAUAUGUACACCGGGUCGUCUGAUUGACCUGGUCAAAAAGAAAUCCACCAAUCUUCAGCGGGUUACCUUCCUAAUUUUCGAUGAGGCAGAUCGAAUGUUUGACAUGGGUUUUGAGCCACAGGUUCGGUCCAUUGCAAACCACGUCAGGCCAGACAGACAAACGUUGUUGUUCAGCGCAACAUUCCGCAAGAAGGUAGAGAGACUGGCCCGAGACAUCCUGACUGAUCCAAUCAGAGUGGUGCAAGGCGAUGCAGGGGAGGCGAACGAAGACGUGACGCAGAUAGUCCAAGUGUUCCGGGACGAGAAGGCGCCCGACAGCAAGUGGAAGUGGCUAACCGGCCAGCUGGUCCGCUUCACCACCCUGGGCAGCGUGCUCAUCUUUGCCACCAAGAAACUCAACGCGGAGGAACUGGCCAACAAUCUCAGACAGCAGGACUUCAAUGUUGGGCUGUUACACGGUGACAUGGACCAGAGCGGAAGGAACAGUGUCAUCACAGAGUUCAAGAGGAAAGUCAUCCCUAUCAUGGUAGCAACUGAUGUAGCUUCACGUGGUCUGGACAUACCGUCAGUCAAAACCGUUGUCAACUACGAUGUAGCUCGGGAUAUCGACACGCAUACGCACCGCAUCGGACGGACGGGCAGGGCAGGGGAGAAGGGCACUGCCUACACGUUGGUGACGUCUAAGGAUGUCUACUUUGCCGGUGACUUGGUCCGUAAUCUGGAAGGGGCUAACCAGUCUGUCACUCAGUCGCUCUUGGACCUCGCCAUGCAGAAUCCGAGGUUCCGUAAGACCCGCAGUACCCACGGUACCAAGGGCAAGCUUAGCGGUGGCUCAGGACUUGGCUAUGGCAAGGAACGAUCAAAGAACAAGGAGAGGCCAGGCCUGGGAAGCCAGGACGACUCUGGAGGGAAGAGCGCCCCCACGCUGGGCCCCCUAGGGGGAGGCUACGCAGGCGCAGACCCAUCGGAGUCGGAGGGCGGACGUCUCACGUCCGUGAGGAAUACAUUCAAGGCCCAGUAUCAGAGGCACUUCCAGAAAGCCAGCUCCUCGUCCACUUCCAAGACCUUCUCGACUGAGAACACGGGCCACUACGCCAUGCCUCCCAAGAACCCCGCCGCGGCAAGCCUAUCCCACAGCCACCCGAGCCUUGCUGAGAGCGGGCUGAGCUUAAAAGCCCUGGGGAGUACCGGACUGAGUCUGAAGGCUCAAGGAGCAGCCGGGUUAAGCCUGAAGGCCCCCGUUAGUCACCCGAAGGGUACCUUGAGCACGCUGGUCCCGCAAGAGAGCAAAGACAAGCCGGCCAACACGAGCGCGACACCAUCUCGGAAGUCCAAAUGGGAUAUCGGAGGGCCCAAGUCGCCAGAAGCAGGAACUAGGAACAACACGGACGGCGCAGGCAAAAAGCAGGAGGGCAGUAGAUGGGAUACUGCCCCACAGAGGGACAGCGGGGAUGGUAGCUCCUCGCAAGACAAGGGUGAGGCGGGGCUCUCAAGUCCCACGGGUCGCUUGGACAACCACGGCUACUGGCAGCUGGGUGGGUUCGGACAGCCGGGUGCUGUAUCCCAGGAUGCUCAGGACGGUCGGAACCACGCCCUGGAGGAGGCCCUGAAGAGGGCCCACCAACUGGACGAGAUGGUGGCGGAGAGGCCCAAGAAGAGGAAAAGCCGAUGGGAUAUCUAGAUAAAAAGGACAAUAUGGUGGCUGAGAUGCACAGAAGACGAAAGCAGAUUUGAUAUGUAGAUACCAUGACAGCCAGUCAAAAAGUAAGUCUUGUUUCUCGGCUGUGUCUACCAAAUUAUCUCAGUGCACUGUAUUUGUAAUAAAAAGGCAGGCGACAAGAAGAGGAAAAGGUGGUGGGAUAUCUAGAUACUAUGAUGGCCAGUUGAAAAAUAAGCCUUGUUCCUCAGUGGGUAUGUGCAAAUUGUUGCGGUGCUGAUCAUAAAAAGAGGAAAAGCCGGUGGGAGAUCUAGAUACCAUAAUGGCCAGUUGGAAAAUAAACCUUGUUGGUCAACAGCAUGUCUGCCAAAUUUUCUUGAUAGCAGGGAGGCCCAAGAAGAAGAGAAUCCGGUGGGACAUCUAGAUACCAUAAUGGCUACUUCGGUUUAUGCUGCAAUUAGUUUAUAAAGCAUGGGGAAAUGCUGGUGGGAUAUCUAGAUACCAUGAUGGCCAGAGGAAAAAUCAGCAAUGUUUGUCAGUCACAUGCGUGCCAAAUUAUCUUGGUGCACUUCAUUUAUUGUAAAAAGGCCAUUCAUAAAAUAAUCCAUGUUUCUCAGCGGAAAGUUGAUUAACUUUACUCUGGCGCACUGCAUUUGUACAAAUGGCCACUUAUAAAAUAAUCAUUGUUUAUCAUCAAAGUGUGCACCAACUUUAUGCAGGUGUACUUGCUCUUUCUGGGCUCUUACAAGAUAAUGUCAUAUCAUGUAAAUAUUCAUCACGAAGAUAGCAAAAGAAAGUGUACGUUCAGUUGGUACAUCUUCAAUGUUGCGACUUAUAAGAUUGCCCUCAUUGAAAUGUAUAUGUAGAUAGCGUCAACAGUUGGUGAUGCCACCAACACCACGUUUGUAUAAAAAUCAUUAAAUCCCCGAUUUACGAUUUGAAGUUGAAGGAAGUUGGACUGAAUGAAAUUUGAGGGAGCCAGGCUCGGGAAAAUGAAGGGGGCUAUACCACACACAUAAUCAAUACAUGUUAUUCAUCAAGGUUUUUUGCAGAUCAACGUAUGGUCUUAAUUUCAAAACCGUUACUGAAAACAAAUUAAAAAAAAACCCAAAUAUUCUUCAAAAUGGCAUCUCAACACUUUAAAGUCGUGUGGAAAAAACUCAAAAAGGCUGGCUAAUUACUAAAACGCUGUACUGUAAAAUGCUUUAAUGCUUUCAUGCCCUUCAUAUAUGCUCAUAAAACAGUGUACACAUUCAUCAGGUAACUCAUAAAAUUAGGCCAAGUAAAAAAAAAA